CUCCCAGACCGUGUCCACGACUCCACGUGUGUGCACUCUCCCAGAGGCAGAGCUGCCUAUCUCCGCCCCGCCAAUCAACGUCUUCCAGUAGCAACCUCACGCAUGGAGGAGAGCAUGGUGCAGCCCAAGAGUAGGCCCCGCGAGUGAGCCCGCCCGCCCUCCGCCCUGCCUGCCAUGGCAGCCUCCCUCCUCUCUCCCUCGGCUCACUGCCACUGCAUUACCACGCCCACCAGGGGAACCGGAACGCCGCUGCCUUCCCCGCGGUGCCACCCACCAGCUCCGCUGCGCCGGCCGCGGCCGCGGGGCGCGGUGCUGGUGGCGAGAGGCGCCGCGGUGCCUCCCGAGCAAAGCUUGACGCCUCAGUACCAGACGCUGGGCGACGCCAAGGCUGCGCUGUACCAAGCUCUGGAAGGUAUCGACAGAGGAAUAUUUGGCAUAACCUCCGCGAAAAGGUCCCAGAUUCAUGCUCUGGUGGAGCUCUUGGAGUCCCGGAAUCCUACACCGAAUCCCACCGACAAAUUGCACGACAAGGUGGACGGCUGCUGGAGGCUCAUCUACAGCACGAUUUCGAUUCUGGGAAAAAGGAGAACCAAGCUGGGCCUGCGAGAUUUCAUUAGCCUCGGGGAUUUCCUCCAGAUAAUCGAUGUCAAGGAGGAAAAGGCGGUGAGUGUCAUAAAGUUCAGCGCAAGAGCAUUGAAGAUAUUCUCAGGCCAACUUGCUAUUGAAGCAUCCUACACUAUCACUACAAAAACAAGAGUGGGUAUCAAGCUUGAGAGUUCAACAAUCACCCCAGAUCAGUUGAUGAAUAUCUUCCAGAAGAACUACGACAUGCUCCUUGCCAUAUUCAACCCAGAAGGUUGGCUCGAGAUAACAUAUGUUGACGAAUCUCUACGGAUCGGCAGAGAUGACAAGGCAAACAUCUUUGUUCUAGAGAAAACAGACCCAUCUCAAGUGUAAGAAGAUCCACGAAGCAAAAUGUGUGCAAAUAUUCGUAAUUUCUAACAAUGAGUGCAUCGACACUCAGAGAAGAUGCCACCUUUGUUAGGAAUUAAUUAAUUAGAUUAAUUAACUAUUAAUCACUGCUAUGCCGGUGCCACUUUUGGCAACUGCCUCCUUUUGUAACCGCCUUGUAAACUGGGUAUAAAUACCCCAAUCUUCAAUCAAUAGAAUAACUGUUCAUUCAUAUAUCUGUUUUCCAUUCGCUCCUCUCUCUCGAUUCUCUCUAACACGUUAUCACGCACGCCUCUUCCAGAGAGCAAUUAGGCCAAGAACUCGACGGCUCCACCGUCCCUGACCCUCCCUCCGGCCCCAAGGACACGAGGACCCUCGGCCUCGACAGCGCUCCAGCGGCGCAGCACCAGCGCGCGAUGCAGGCGGCUGAGGCACCCCAUGGUUGACGACGCCCUCCUCUGUAGGCGCGUCGAAGCGGCGCCCUCCGGCGCUUCAAUCCGCCACAUGACUGCCGACGACAGCGGCGGCAAACGGCAAGGCCUCUCUAUGGCCAGAGGAGGCCACUCCGGCGAUCUGCAAUUGCCGCAGACGAUGACUGGAGAAGUCUGGAGAAGUUGGCUACUAGAGUUUCGGCCACCACGCGAUUCACGGCGAAGACGAGAUGUUCCUCGUACAAAAA